AUGAUCGACGAAGACGAAAACGAAUGUUUACCAGUACCUCGACGUUCGUUAAUCAAUCGAAUAACAAAUCAUUUUGGUUCAGAUAAUGAAACUUCUCCAACUAGUCGACGACAAUCACGUAUAUUUCUUAAUACUUCAACAGGAACUGAUAGUGGAGUUGAUGAAAAUAUUCGAACACCUGUACAAUUAAUUACUUUAUAUGAACAAACCGUUGAAUUGACUGCAAAAAAUAAGAUAAAUGCAAAAAAUGCUUUUCAUUGUUCAUUAAUUGAACGAUUACCUGAAAUCAUAGAUCUUAUUGCAUUUGAUGAUAAAAUUGAUUCUUUUGAUGAUCAUUAUCAUGAACCUAAUUUUGUUAAAGCUGGAUCAGUUAUUGAUACAAGUGCAAAAAUUUAUGGAUAUCGUGUUGAUGCUCUUCAUGCUGAAACUCAAAAACUUAAUGGAACUUUUCAAGACAAAGAUGGUGAUGAAGAAGAAUUGAAUCGUGCAGAUUUAGACGCAAUAGAAACACCAAAACAGAUUACAUCCCGUAAUAAAAUAAAAAAAAGUUCAUAUCUUGCAACUGAUUUAUCAACAAUUUCACUCUCAUAUGAAUUUGAAUUUCAUCCAUUUCAACCAUCGAAUCUAUGUCAAUGGCCAGGUGGAAUUGGAGCUGAUUCAUUAUACGCAGAUAUGAUUUCAUAUACAAUGUAUUCAUCAAGUGAUUAUCCACUUGUAAAUGGUUUUAUUAAUUUAAAUAAUCAAAUUAAUAAAGAAUAUGAUGAUAAUGAACGAAUACUUGAUAUAACUAUGAAGACGAUAUAUGAUUUAAUUCCAUUACGAGAUGUUAUUAAAGAUUAUGAAGAAGAAAAUCAUAUUCUUGGUUGUCAAACAUUAAGAGAAUUUUCAUUCAAUGAAGAUUCAACAGAAUCUUAUAUUGAAACAAUUAAUGAAUGUUCAGUUAUUGACAGUUCAUUAAUUAGUUUAAAUGAUGGACAAGAUAUACCAAAUGAAAUAUUUAGUAAUGAUUUCAGUGAAGUACGUGAUGAUGUAUCAAAUUAUUAUUUCCAAGAAUUACGAUCAGCUCAUACUUUUCCAACAACAAUGGUAUCAAUGGAUGUAACAUUACUGCAAAGUAAAAUGUCAUUUGCUGAUCAUAUACCUCAAUUACUUCGUGAUAAGAAUGAUUCAUCCGAGUACAGUUACUUUGAUUCUACAAAAUUGAAAUUAUUUGCUGGACCAUAUUUAUGGAAAUAUACAAAUUUAUUACCAGAUACGAUUAAAUCAAUACCAAUGCCUGAAGAAAAAACAUUAAGAAAAUCUACUCGUAUUCGUUCUACACAUUAUUUUAAAUUAGAUUUAUUUAAUGAGGAAAAAAAUCAAUCAUUAAAUGAAUUAAUGUCUUUGGAUUCAUGGACUAGGAAAUCAUUAAAAAAAAGUAAACGAAAAAUUUUACCAACAACACUUCGAAAAUCUUCGAGAUUUCAUUUACAUAAUAAAAAUGAAUUUCAAUUAAGACUUUCAAGAAAAUUACGUCCAUUAAUUGAUUUAUCUAAUUUUAAUUAUUUUCCUGAUUAUAAUCCAGAAAUAUUAUCAAAUUAUUAUACGAACUACUCUACAAAUAAUGAUGAAAAUUAUAAUUUUGAACCAUCUGAUCAUAAUAAUUCAUUUCCUGAACAAUUACAAUAUGAAUUUAAUCGUCCUACAUAUUAUGAUAAAAUUGAAUUUGAUAAAAAUUUUGCUAAAAUUGACGCAAAAAAACUUCAAAUUCAAUUAUAUGAUGAAUAUAAUCAUGAGAAUAUAAAUUCAACAACUCCUAUAUCAUUAUCAACAUUAUGUAUUAAUCUUAUUGAUCAAGGUAUAAUUUCCUAUGAAAAAGAUCAAAUUGUAUCCGCUUUUUAUUGUAUGUUAAAUAAUUGUAAUAAAAAUCAGUUAUAUAUGAAAAAUAAUCUACAACGUGAUGAUCUUAUUAUACAAAAACAACCUACAAUUUGGUAUUUAAAACAAUUAACUAAACUUAAUUCUUGGAAUGCAGAAGCAAUUGAUGAAGGUCGUUUAAGUAGUUAUCAAGAUUUAGCAAAAGAAUUAGUAAAUGUACAAGAUAUUGAUAAAGAUAAACAUGAAUAUUUAUGUUUAUUUUAUCAUUGUUUAUAUGAAUUACAUUAUUCAGUAAAUGAUUUAUCAUUACGUGAAUACGCUUCACAAUGUAUUCAAUUAUUUCUUAAACAAAUUUCAUUAUAUCAAACUUAUUUUCUUACGAAAAUUCCAUUUAUUACUGAUAUUAAUAUUGAUAAUGAAGAUUCAAAUGAUUUAAAACGUUUACGUAAUUAUAAUGAUAUUGAAAUUGAUUUUUUUCAUAAUAUAACUCAUGUACAAAAUCAUCGACGUUAUAGAGCAUUAAAACGUUUUAAAUUAAUACAUGAUCAACAACCAUUUCAUGUUACAACAAUAAAUAAUUAUCUUUUACCAAUUGUUUGUUCAUUUAUAAAUGAUAUUAUUAAUAAUGAAAUCGUUUUUGUAUGUUUAACAACAUUAUGUCAAAUAUUAUCAUGGUUGAAAUAUAAUCAACUAUUUAUUUCUUAUUUUCGUCAAUUAACAACAAAUAAACGAACAUUAAAUUUAUCACAAAAACGAUGUGUAACUAAAACAACUUCAGCUAUUGUUAAUGCAUUUCAUUUUCAAUUAGAUUUUAAUGAGAACAAAGCAGAAACUCAACAAAGUGAUGGAUUAAGUGGAAGAACGUUGAGAAAAUUACCAAUGAUUGCAUAUUCACAUAUUCAACAAUUAGAUGAUUUUAUUCAUUCUGAUGAAGUUUUUAAAGCAAUGCAAGAACAAUUAAAAUAUCAAAAAAAUACGAAGGAUUAUUUACAACAAUUGAAUAAUUUAUAA